AUGGCGAGAGGCAGCACCACAGCCGCCCUGCGACACGCCGUCCUCGCCGCCAGGACCACGUGCGCCAAGGUGCUGAGGAAACUGGGCCCCCGUGGAGCGCGGCGGCCGCGCCACCACGUGGCGAUGGCGGCCAGCGACAACCCGGUCUUCUCCUGCGGCGAGCCCGCCGUCUGCCCUGGAGAACCGCAGCGGCCGCCGGCCGGCGCUCAGCCAGAGGACGCCAAGAGCCGCCUCACAGUCCUCACCUGGCUGGACGACGUCGCGGACCUGGAGGACAUGGACAACCGCCUCAACGAGGCGCUCGAGGGCAAGAUGGCCGCCGCGCAGCGCGGCGGCUGCGCCAGUGGCUAGCCCCUCGCUGCUCCGCCAGCAUCUGCACAAUACGUGCGAAACGUCAGAACUUCUACCUCGCAUUCUGCGUAGAACAAGAUUUAUUAGCUGUGAUCCUUCAGUUUC